AUGGAAUUAAAUUUCAUCGUCAAGUACCUUCCCACAGGACUCUUCCCCUCCGUCGUUGGGAUCUUGGGACUAUUCUGGGUGAUUUACGGGAUAUGGCUUGCGGUAUAUCGGCUGUACCUCUCACCUAUAGCCAAGUUUCCGGGCCCUAAGCUUGCGGCUCUCACACAAUGGUACGAGAUAUAUUUCGACAUGGUAAAAAGGGGCGGAGGUCAAUUCCCCUUCGAGAUUAAAAGAAUGCACGAGAAAUACGGCCCCAUUGUUCGAGUUAAUCCAUUCGAAUUGCAUGUCGAUGACCCGGAGUACUAUGACACGAUUUAUGCGACCAGCAAGCCCUACGAUAAAAUGGAACAUUUCCAGUACCGCUUCAAUGUACCAUUGGCAACGUUCAGCACUUCAGACCAACAUGAACACCGCAUCCGCCGUGCUGCUAUCAGUCCUUUCUUCUCCAAGAGUCGAGUCCGGGGACAGAACGACCAGAUACAGGGACUAAUGGACCGCAUUUCGCAUCGUUUGACUACAGAAUACGCUGGAACAGGACGCAUUCUUCAAGUUGCCGAUAUGUGGGGUUGCUAUUCUGCUGAUGCUAUCAUGGAUAUUGUUUUUGCUCGGCCAAAGCAUUUCUCCGAGUAUCCAAACUUCCAGUCUCCUUUUUCUGUGGCCAUUCGGAACAUGACAACCUAUGCACACCUCACACUUCAUUUUGGCUGGGUCCUAUCUAUAAUGAACUGUAUUCCAAGGUGGGUUACGAAGGCUCUGAUACCGCCGUUCAGACCCAUCAUAGAGUUCCAAGAAGAAAUGGACAAUGAAAUUGCUGAGGUCCUGGCAGGGCGUAAUCAAGAGGCAAAAGCCGCUACACAGCCUACGGUAUUUCACGAUAUCCUCUCGUCUUCCUUGCCUCAGCAUGAGCUGCGACCUGCACGGUUGAACGAUGAGGCAUUGGGACUGGUUGGAGCCGGAACAGAAACCACGUCGUGGAGUUUGACAAUUGGAACACUUCACAUCCUCGACAACCCUUGCGUACUCAAGGAGCUCAAAGCAGAGCUGAUCGCGGCUAUGCCUGAUAUCAAUGAGCCUCUGCCAUGGAACGAACUGGAGAAGUUACCGUAUCUCGACGCCGUGAUUAAAGAGACUCUUCGCAUCGCUUACGGUGGAGUCGAACGUCUACCUCGUAUUAAUCGCGCGGGAACAUGGAAAUACGGCAAAUGGGACAUCCCUCCCGGAACGCCGGUCGGGAUGGACCAGUACCACAUGCACACAAACCCUCAAAUUUACCCUGAAGCCCAUCUCUUUAAACCAGAACGCUGGCUCGGAAAUCCUAGAGGACCGGAUGGGGUGAAACCCUUGACUUACUAUCUGACUGCCUUCGCGAAAGGAACUCGUAUGUGCACGGGAAUGAACCUGGCAUAUGCUGAAGUCUUCAUCGGACUGGCAACCCUCUUUCGAAGACAUGACUUUGAGCUUUUUGAAACGACCCGGAGAGACGUUGAAUUUUACGCAGAAAAUCUCAAGGCUUGUCCAUGGCCAGGCAGCAAGGGAGUCAGGGUCAAGGUGUUAGCAAGCUCGGAAAAUAUAUAG